AUGGAAUUUCUACCUAUCGAAUUAUACAAUAAUAUCUUUGAAUAUAUAAUCAAAGAUCAAAUAGUAACAGUCCAAGAAAUCGAUGAUUUGAUCAAGUUAUCAUUGGUUUGCAAAAAAUGGAAAGAAUUGGUUGAAUGUAUGGUCACCAGUAUCCGAAUAUUCCAAACUUUUAAAGGCAACCAAAAUAUCAUUAAAACUAUAAAAUCAUUAAAUCAUUUAACAAAUCAAAAUAUUCAAAAUAAUAAUCAAAAUAAUCAAAAUAAUCAAAAGAAUAAUCAAAAUAACUAUUUACCAAUACUUUGUAGAUUAAAAGUAAUACAACUUUGUUUUGGUUUAAAUGAUGAUAAUAUUAAAAAUAUAACACCAAUGUUGUGUUCCUACAAGUUUAUUUCAACCAUUAAUUUGUCAAAAAAUAAUCUUGGUUCCAAUUCUAUCAAAUCAUUAAAACCAUUGAUUGUAAAUAACAACAAUGGUGAAGGUAUUGGAAAGGGUCUUAAAUUGGUGCUGGCAGGUAACAAUAUUGGAGUACAAGGAGCAAGAAGAUUAUCCAAGUACUUGAGCUCUCGACUAUGCAAUUUGGUAGAGUUGGACAUCUCCAACAACAAACUAAACGAUAAUGGAACCAAAAUGUUAAUGAUGGCAUUGGUCAACAAUCAAUCAUUAGAGUCUAUCAACCUAAGUGGUAAUAAUAUUGGUAAAGAUAGUGUAGUAUAUUUAAAAGAAGUUUUCAAGUAUAACCAAAAAAUUAAAAUUAUGGAUUUAUCAUUUAAUUGGAUACAAGAUGGAUCCUAUCAAUUAUUACAUUUCCUAUUUUAUAAUCGGUUGAGAAGAAACCAAGUUUCGCUAAACCUCAAUUACAACAAGAUCCAAGAGAUUGGUAUCCAACAAAUCAACAAAUUGUUUGUAGAGUUGAGCCUUAUCCUAACUUAUGGAAUCGUACCUGCAUCGUUGGAGGCUGGUCAAAAUAUGGGAGGAGGAGGUGAAACCUAUACAAGAAUGUCUCAUCAACCAAAAAAUGAUUUCUCCAAUUCAAACUAUUAUAAUAACUAUCGAGGUGAUAGCAGUUGUUUUCCACCAAUAUUUCCAAUUGACAGGUUGGAUAUUAACGGCAAUGAUUGUGAAAUGGAUACAACCAAAGCUGUCUAUUCCAAUCUUGAUACUUUACGAACCCAAUACAAUCAUAUGUUGUUAAAGGUUGCAACAAAUUAA